UUCUCCCUUUACGUCCCCUUCGGGGUGACAUACGAAAAAUUUGGAACGAUACAGAGAAGAUUAGCAUGGCCCCUGCACAAGGAUGACACGCUUUUCCGGAGUGGUAGACCUACGGGUCUCAAUAUUUAUUGUCUCUUUUUGCUCCGAUCCUGGCGCGCUGCAGCUGUUGAAGGAUCAUCGCCAUUUGCGUGUGGGCGUUGCUCAGAACCAUAG